AUGGCGGCGUUCGAGCUGGAGGCGUUUCCCGGGCGCACGCUGCACGUGCUGCUCUUCCGCGACGUCGCCAACUCCGCGUACGUCCUCCCGCGACAUCCCCAGACGCACCCUCCCAGAGCCUCUCGCUCGCACCCUCCCGCGCCGUCCGCUCGCCCCUCCCGCCGUCGCGACCCUCUCCGCCCAUCCUCCGCCGUCACGUCUUUCCCUCACUCUUCGCCCGUCGUUGUACGCGACCGCGCGACCGCGCACGCCCACGCCCAUUCGUGGCGCACUCCGGUCUUUCCUCUCCCCACCCCACUGCCCCCACCAGGCUCUGCUGAGUCGCACUGCAUCACGGAGGCCGCCCUUGCCCUGCGCGGAAGCCGCCUUGCCCAGCACAACCCCUGUGUGGGCGGCGCCUCUCACUCCCCUCCGCCACCAUCAUCCCUCCUCUGCUCCCAUCUCCCAACAUACCUACCCGACCUCCCCCACCUCCCGCCUCCUCCUCCCUUCUCCCGCCUCCUCCUCCCUUCUCCCGCCUCCUCCUCCCUUCUCCCGCCUCCUUCUCCCUUCUCCAUCCCCCACACGCUAACUCCUCUCCUUCCUCUCCCUCCACCCUACCCCACUUCCCUUCCGCCCCCCCACACACGCGAGGCUGCUGCUGAGUCAGCUGCAGCACGGGACCUGCUGAGUCAACUGCAGAGUGGAACAAUGCAUCCUGAAGUGGCUUUCCUCAACGCCACACUGGUUCCCGGAACUUUCCCUGUGCUUGUGGCAGCACACAAGGCAUUGACGUCAGCAGCAACAGGGUGUCUCAAGUCGCGCACCCUGCACUCCGAGCUCGUUUUCAACUACGCCGCCUCCAAGCAUGUGAGCCUACUGCCCCCCUCUCUUCCUCCAUGCCCGUCCUACCCUCCUGCACCUCUUGCCCCUCCUGCAUCUCUUGCCCCUCCCGCACCUCCUGCCCUUCACACCCCUCCUCCCUUUCCCACCCCUGAACUGAAAUGCCCCUCCGUGCCCCGUCUUGCCCCGCCUCACCCCUUCUUACCCCUCCUUGCCCCUUCCUGCCCCUCCAUGCCCAUUCGCGAGUCACUGCAGCGCUGUGGCGUGGCAGCCGGCACCACCGCCCUGCUGGCUGCGCGCUUCGAUGCCACCCAGGACGAGUGGCACAGGCGUGACAUCCCCUGCCUGCUCAGAGGGGUGUGUUGGGUGGCACAGUGGGUUUCGGCACAUGUAAUGCAGAUGUGUGUGUGUGCUGUCAUGUCAUAUGCCCAGUGA